AGAGGGUCCYGCUYGGGUAUUUUUAAGAUGGCUAUGGAAAAGUUAUCGAUGAUAAAAGACACACAUAACAAAGCUAUYACAGCGGUGACUUACAAUCCCAUGAAACAUGAAAUCUURAUUGGCUUUGAAGAUGGUGUUAUUAAAGUUUGGGACUAUUCGACUAAUGAGCCAGGCAAACUGUUACGAACUGUACAUGAACAUGAGGGAUGGGUGACAAGCUUUUUGUUCUGGUUGGCAGGGAGCACGUGCUCGUCCUUYUUSUCGYUGAGAUGACUACAAGUUUCUACUACCGUGGAGGAACUCUUAGAGCUGYGAAUACUGCCAGAGGAAUCAUAUGCCAGCAAUUUCAUCAUYCUCAAGAACAACAAUACUAGAYUUUCGAUUUUUGUCGCCCAUUAAUUCAUAGUUGACAGAAGCAGAGGCAGCUGAGUUACGAGMUGUGACAUUUGAUGACUUUGAUAUGGGGUAUUUUAAGGCUUURAWCCGGAAGGAGUAGUAAUUUGAGAUGAUAUUUGAAUAUUUGGAAGCUCCAAGUCGUCCUCAGUCCAAGUUGAUUUCGGAAACAUAUACAUUUUACAUCUAUUUCAAAUUUUCUUGGUACGUUUUUUAAAUUAAAAAAAAAUUAAUGUUCUAAACGACUACAGUGAAAAAGUGCUUGCGUGAUCGAUUAUUGUCAUAGAAACAGGAAUUUUCACGUUGGGAGAAUUUAUUGUUUCAUGAAGAAAACUGCAUAUUUUCAUGCAAAAAGAAAAGAAAAAAAAACAAAAAAAUUACAGGAAUCGCGAUACAAAACUAAUUACGAUUUUAAGACGGCAAUACCACAAAAUAUUGACGGCGUUGGGAGAAAAUAUAUUCUCGUAUUGGGAUCCGUCGCUACGCGACUCCGCCACAAUACGGAAUAUAUUUUCUUCCAACUAGCCGUCAAUAUUUUGUGGUAUUGCCGUCUUAAAAUCGUAAUUAGUAUACGUAUAUACUUUCUUAGUUUGAAUACGAUAUUUUAAAUAAAGAGUAAUCGCUUUCCCGAAUAUUAUUUUUAUCGGAAUUGGGCUGAGUCGUAAUCUUUUUCCACAAGAAGCCCAAGCAAUGCAUGGAAAACGAUUGGGAAUCGAAAGAAAGUGACAAACACUGACACACAGCUGGAUGUCACUGGCUUAUUUUUUCUUCGAAUUCAAGGAAGAAGAAUAAUUGCCCUUAGUAUUUAAGGUUUUAAGAAUAUCCUGGCAUAGAAAAUGGCCUUAUCCGUGGUUACAUUUAAUAUUGGUGGUGAUGGUACAAGAAAGCAGAAAAAGAGAAUGAUUAACAAGUUUUUCAGCGAUCAUCUGCCUUCUUUUAUUUAUUUCCAAGAAAAUCCAUGGCGUAAACGCUACAUAAGGAACCACGUUCCAAAGAUUAGGGAAAGAUAUGAAGCUGUUUCCCAUGAGCAAUUUGAUGCUACUGUUCUUUAUCGUAAGGAUGUAUUGAAAGACAAAGGCUCUGCAAAAUUGCGGGAGUUAUUCCAAGACGCUUUCAACGAUAAAUCUCAUCUGGAUUUCGUGACAUUUAAAGAGCGAGCAAGCUUCUCUAAGCUCACAGAAACCAAAACAGGCACGAGCUUCGUGGCGAUAUCUUGGCACGGAGAAUACACCGGCCUUUCAGAACAGGAAAAGAAGGAAAAAUUUGAGGACCUUUUACUGGUAAUAAAAGAAAUAAAUUCCAAAACCAAACUUCCAGUGGUACUUGGUGGAGAUUUUAACAUCACUCUUGACAGCGUAUCGGAUUCUAUUGAAGAACAAGGUCUCGAAGUUUAUCAAUACGACCUUCAAAACCGGGAUAGAGUCAUCGACUUCUUUGUGGUAACGCGUGAUGUAAACCUCCCAGGUGUAAGUGCUUUUGGUGACUAUAUGUACACGAAAACAGAAGACCAGACCAUUGAAAAUGAAGACCAGACCAGCGAAAGUGAAGACCAGAC